AUGGGACAUCGGAAUCUUGAAAAUCAACAACACCAAGCAGUGGAUGGGCUCCUAAACCUCUUCUCGAAAGCCAAUCGAGAACUCUCCAUGGUGCACAACAAGCUCCAAAAGGAGUUCCAGCAAGUUUACCCCGACCAUGCUAAUCCCAUGAAGCUUGUGUCACGGUUGAAGAAAAUUGAAGAGGAAAUGUCAUCUUUAAAGAAUCAGUGUCGCGAGCUACUCACAGCCAAACAGGAUUUAAUUGAUAAAGCCAGAACAAUCUUAGUGGGGAACAGAUCAAUGGUGCAGAGGUUGCAAGCAUCCACUGGCAUUCCUUUCACCAGUGAGAGUGAUGAUCCUGCUUAUGAAAGCUUCAAUCAGGUAAUUGAUGAGUGGACAGCUCAUGUCAGAUCCAGAUCCGAGGAUGAAGAAAUGGAAGUGUCACCCUCUGAAAAUAUCAACCAGUUGCUAUUCUCAGCAAUCGUCCAAGGCGACUAA